GUCAGUUUAGUGAAUUUAUUUCUCUGUGAUGAGCUCAGAGCAUGUUUGAAACAGAUCAAUGGUCAGAUGUGACUUUAAUAAAACUCUGCUGAGGUCAGUAAUGUUGUGGAUGUAGGUCACGUGGCUCGUCUGUAUUUCCAGUUAAUCCAGCAAAGCUCCCUCCUCCUCCUAUUUAAUCCCGGUCAGGAGUAUGGUGGUAUUAUUGUCUCAUCUGAAGCAGGACUCAGUGACGCCAGGAUGUUACGCACGGCCGCUUUUCUUCCUCUCAUUUUAUUAUGGUCACUCCUGAGCUGCGCCAACGCACGCGCCUCCAUCUUCUGCUCGUGGACUAAAGUCCUAGCAGAUGACAGAGUCCACUACAGUUUCCUCCGGGGCGAGCCCCGGCACAGCUCUGCCUCUGUGCGCCUGUACCACACCUCCUGGUCCGGCUCGGGGUCCGGGUCCGGACGCGUCCUGCUCGGCUGCACCUGGAGCGAGGACGCAGCGGUGAUCCGGAGCUACGCGUCCGUGUGUCGGGAGCGCGCACAGGACUUUUCCCCUGAUCCAAGUAACACAGUUAGUUUGGAGUCCGUGUUUGACGCGGGACAGUGCGUGUCUCUGGGCUCUCCAGAGCGCACAGGGAGGAGACCUGUGAGAGAGGCAGGAGGAGAGCUCCAUCCACGCGUGAAGAGGGGCUUCAUUGUACCUGGGACCCUCUGGUGCGGGUCUGGCAACAAGGCGCCUUCAUACGCUAAUUUAGGGGUUUUUUCUAACACUGACAGCUGCUGCCGGGAGCAUGACCAGUGCAAACACAUCAUUCUGUCUUUUCAAUCCAAGUUUGGUGUUUUCAACAGCAACAUCUUCACCAUGUCUCACUGCGACUGUGACAACAA